GCGAAGCUGAGAGGCCGCACCCCCUUCAUACCUCCAACGUAAAACUCCAUGUGGAUUCGUUGCAUUAUUUACAUCCACGGCGUGUACGUGUCACACCAUAUAGUACCAACGCCAAGCUUGGUUCGGAGAUUGCCGGAUCUUCAUAUAUAAACGUUUGACAAAAAUACUUGCUUCAUAUUAUUUGGAAAACCGCAACACGUAUCUUCCAUUUUCUUCUAGAUUGCUUUUGAGAUAUUUUCGAGACACACUUUAUUCAUCAUGUCGCAGAUAACCAUACAAGAGCCGUAUUGGGACAGUGCUUCUAUCAUCACCAAGGAGCCCCUGGCCUCAAUUAUUGGGGGCGAGUCUGAGAAACUAAACCGGGCACAGGCUGUAUUGAAGCCAUUUGACAUCUCAUUGGAAUUGAUGAAGGACAUUGGUGUGAGACUGACCAAAGAGAUGACCAAAGGACUGGACAAGGCCACUCAUGAUGAAGCUAAGGUCAAGAUGUUUCCAACAUAUGUCCAGUCACUUCCUGAUGGCACAGCUUUAGUGCGCAGUUUGAUCCAUCACAAGAAAGGUCAGUUCUGGCACCUGUUUGUGUAG